AUGGAAGAAGAAGGGAUAUCAAAAUUGCCAGAAGAAAUUAUACAACACAUACUUUGCAAUUUCCUCUCAGCUAAAGAAGCAGCCCAAGCAAGAUUAUUGUCUAAGGCAUGGUUGACUGGAUGGCAAACAUGUCCAGUUCUAACUUUCGAGCAACCUUACUUCGAAAGAGAGUUUGUAACUCCUGAUGAACGAAAACGUAAACAACAUAUGUUCCGGGUUUUUGUGGACAAGGUUUUGCUAAAUUACCAGGAAAAGAAGAUUGGGAUACAUACAUUCAAGCUUCGGAUGAGGCUUGGGUAUGACUCAUCUGACAAUGAAUCUGUGAAUGAAUGGAUGAAAGUUGCUGCUGGAAAUGGCCUGAAAAAGCUUCAUCUCUCUGUUGUGUUUUCUUCGUACAUAUUGCCUCCGACAAUUCUUGAGACAAAGUCCCUUGAAGAUUUGUUUCUGCAAGGGUGCAUCUUUGAGCACCAACUUAGAGGAGGUGUAAUGUGUAGCAACCUUCGGGCGACUGGUUCUCAAUUAAGAACGAUUCAGCUGAACAAUCUUGCAAAACUCAAAGAAUUGUCUGUCUACUAUAAUCAAGAGCAGAGUGUUGAAAUUGAUGUGCCGAAUUUGGAAUCCUUGACUCGUGAGGGUGUUGGAUAUCUUCAUGACAACAUGCCCCGAAUGAGUAAAUUCACUAAUCUUAAGCUUUUAGUUUUCGAUCAUAUUGGCAUCAGUGACAAUUUUUUUGAUCAUUUUAGGACUAAGUUGCCACACGUUGAGGAUUUAAAGAUUACUUCUUGUGAUCUAUUAAACACUGUCAAAAUUUCUAGCGAGUCUCUGAAACUCAUUCAGUUGAAGUUUAACAAAAAAUUGGAGGAGUUGCAGGUUGAUGCUCCAAAUAUUGUUCGUUUUGCAUGUAUGGGCGCCAGCAUCCCCCGUGUAGGUUUACUGCUUCCUCAAGUAAUUGGGAAUCGAGAAUUCAUCUGUUUGUUCCCACUUAACAACCAGAUUGACAAUUCAUGGUUUGCCAAAUUGAGAGAUAAGUUAACGAAUUUGAUCCAUUCAAAAAUUUAUCUAGACAUGUGGGUCCCAGUUCUGUAA